ACGGCUCCUCCCUCUUCUCUUCCCCGACCAUUGGCCGCCGAGCAGAGAGCAUCGCCCUACGUUGCAUGCCAAAAUUAGUCGCAACUUGCAGCGGCAACCUUGGCACACAAUCCUCCUACACCUCCCGCUAGCUCCACCCCACCCCACCCGCCUGCUGCCUUUUGCCUCCUCUGCUCUCCUAGGUUAGGAGAGUCUUUGCCAAGGGGAUAGCAAAAGAGAAAGUACUUGCAUACCCAACAAGGCAACAGCUCCUGCUUUUUAUCUUCUUUUCUCUCCCCUCUCCCCUCCUCUUUUGGUUCGGGUCCUCUCCGACUCUUCUUCAUCAGUGGAGUUGCAGUGCGAGGCAAGAACGGGAGCUAGCCAAGCCUUGCCUUUGCUAGGAAAGGGAGAUCGAGGAAGAGAGCCACUGGACUACGGAGACAUCGAAAGAAGGAAGCCAUGUGGGAUCUCAAUGACUCGCCGGCCGUCGAGGCGACGACGCUGUCCCCGUCGGCCGACGACUCCGGCGCGUCCUCCUCGUCGGCGGCCGCGGUCGUCGAGAUACCCGACAAUGCCGACGCCGACUCUGCCGUCGCGGACGCCGUCGUCACGCGCCAGUUCUUCCCGGCCCCGGCUGCCGCCGGCGCGGCGCCCGGCUCCGCCAACGCGCGCGCGGGCGGGCUCCGCCUGGCCGCGGCCGGCGGACCCGCCGCGGCGGCGGCGGCGGCGGGCAAGAAGAGCAGGCGCGGACCGCGGUCGCGCAGCUCGCAGUACCGCGGCGUGACGUUCUACCGCCGGACGGGGCGGUGGGAGUCGCACAUAUGGGAUUGUGGCAAGCAGGUCUAUUUGGGCGGAUUUGACACCGCUCACGCGGCGGCUCGGGCGUACGAUCGGGCGGCGAUCAAGUUCCGCGGCGUGGAGGCCGACAUCAAUUUCAGCUUGGAGGAUUACGAAGAGGACAUGAAGCAGCAGAUGAGCAACCUGAGCAAGGAGGAGUUCAUCCACGUGCUCCGGCGGCAGAGCACGGGGUUCCCGCGCGGCAGCUCCAAGUACAGAGGCGUGACGCUCCACAAGUGCGGGAGAUGGGAGGCGCGCAUGGGCCAGUUCCUCGGCAAGAAGUACGUCUACUUGGGCCUGUUCGACACCGAGGAGGAAGCCGCCAGGGCGUACGACCGUGCUGCCAUCAAGUGCAACGGCAAGGACGCGGUGACAAACUUCGAUCCCAGCAUUUACACCGAGGAGUUCGAGCCGACCGCGGCUGCGACGGGCGCCGACGAGCACAACCUGGACCUGUCGCUGGGGAGCUCGGCCGGGAACAAAAGGGGCAGCCUUGACGGCGGCGACGAUGAGAGCUCGGACCAGCGCGUGCCCAUGGCGUUCAACCUCGACUGGCAGACGGCCGCGGCGAGGAGCACCAAAGCCAAGCAGUUCGACCAGAACUCGAAGCAACCCCAGAUGCCUCCUGCCUUGCAAGUCUCCCACCACCUGCCGUUUAGCCCCAGGCAUCAGCAAUUCCUGAGCAACGGCGAUCCGGCGACAGCGGGAGGCCUGUCCCUGACGAUCGGUGGCGCGGGCGGCGGAGGCGGGCACUGGCCUCCUCAGCUGCAGCAGCAGAGGCUGCACGGCUGGGGCAACGCCGGGGGCACGAGCUGGCCCCUGCCGCCGCACCCGCCGCCACUGAGCAACGCCGCCGCCGCCGCAACCGCUACGGCAGCUGCAGCAUCAUCACGAUUCCCACCCUACGUUACGGUGCAAGCCCCGAGCUGGGUUCAGAAGAAUGGGUUCCACUCCACUCCCUGACCAGACCCACCUAGAUCAAGAAGACUGCACAUUCAUGGAUCGUCUUCCAUGGCAAAGAUCGAUCAUUUGACCAGGGAAGCGGAGGAAAUGAUUCCUCAACCCACGACGAUUAUUACCAGAGAAAAACUGGAUGCGAUUCUUUCCCUUUAUCUUUUGUUAUUGGCCGUUUUCUUCUCUGUUUCUUGAUUGGGUGAGAGCUGGAUUCGAGGAUGGAUGGACCUGUAAAUGAAGAGUUCCCUAGAAGACGAGUGAUUGGUAAGCGUCGCCUCAAGCAGUGUAUCUUUUGCUGUCUUUUACUUUUCACCAUUGGCAUUGGCCAACAACGAUGGCAUUGGGUGUCAA